UUGACCUUUUCCAACAAAGCAAAAAACAGCAAAACAGAAAACAGAUUGUAAAUAGAGAGGCAUAAACUAAAUAGAACAAACCCAAGAACAGAACAAGCCCACGAACAAAACGAAACACUUGAUGUAACAUUAAGAUUAAAUUACGAAUAACAAUCUAACAAACGAACGCUCAACCUUGCGCUCAACCAAAUCAGGUUUACUAACAUGCGGAGGUCUUGCAAGCUGCUUUCAUCCUUGGUUAAAGAAGACUUUAUCAAAUUUCUUGAUUCCUUUGACACCGUACUUACCGACUGUGAUGGUGUAUUGUGGCUGGAAAAUAAUGUUCUCCACUCUGCCAACGAGGUUUUAAACCGGCUGCAGGACAUGGGCAAGAAAGUGUUUUAUGUGACCAAUAACAGCACUAAAACCAGGGAAGAAUAUGUCACAAAGUGUGCAAAUUUGGGAUUCAAUGCCGAAAAGAGUUCAAUAAUAAGCACCUCUUAUUUGGCGGCGUCUUAUUUGAAAAACCUUGGUUUUGACAAGAAGGUCUACGUUGUAGGUUCUGAAGGAGUGACGAAGGAACUGGAAGCCCACGGGAUCAGCCAUACUGGUGUUGGGAGAGACCAUAUCUCUGAAUCAGUUGCGCAUCACCUGGAGAACAACUUUUCUUUAGAUCCGGAGGUUGGUGCUGUUGUCGUUGGCUUUGACCUCCACAUCAGCUACCCAAAAAUGAUGAAAGCUGCUUCGUAUCUUUUUAAAAAGGAAACUAUCUUCAUUGCAACCAAUACUGAUGAGCAGUUUCCCCAUCACAGUGGUGAAAUUGUUAUUCCAGGCACUGGAAGUAUUGUUGCUGCUAUUCAAACAUGUGCUGGUCGACUUCCGAUUGUGAUGGGAAAGCCAAAUCCAACUAUUAAAGAUGUCAUCUCCAAAUCCCACAAUUUAGACCCAGCUCGAACACUGAUGAUCGGGGACAGGUGCAAUACGGAUAUUCUGCUGGGCACUCGAUGCGGUUUUUCAACCCUUCUGGUUUUGACUGGGGUCACUCAAUUAAAUGAAGUGAGAGAAUGGGAGAAAUCGGAUGACCCAGAGCACCACCAGCUGAUUCCAGACUUUUACUUGGAAAAAUUGGGGGAUAUCCUUCAACUCUUUCCGUGAUUUUUUUUUUGUAAAUUUUUUCAAAGAGCGUGUUGAUCAUGCGUUUAUUGUAGAAUCUUCCUGCAGCCGAGCUGCUCUUUUUUUGAAAAAUAAAUCUUAGUUGCCUUUUA